AAGUAGUUGGGAGAGGAAGCGACUGGUGAUGCUGGAACAAACAUGGCCGCCCCGGCGCCCGUCGGCCCCGCGGGCUCUCGCUGUCCUCGGCUGGCCGCGGGCCUCCGGCUCUUGCCGGUGCUGGGGCUGCUGCAGCUGCUGGCCGCGCCCGGCCUGGGCCGUGUCCACCACCUGGCGCUCAAGGCUGAUGUGAGGCACAAGGUUCAUCUGAACACUUUCGGAUUCUUCAAGGAUGGGUACAUGACGGUUAAUGUCAGCAGCCUCUCCCUGACUGAGCCUGAAGGAGCCACGGCCAAGGAUGCCAUGAUCGGAUUCAGCCUUGAGCGCACAAAGAAUGACGGCUUCUCUUCCUACCUGGAUGAAGACGUGAAUUACUGUAUUUUAAAGAAACAGUCUCUGUCUGUCACCCUUCUCAUCCUAGACAUCUCCAGAAGUGAGGUACUAAUGAAGUCUCCACCAGAAGCCGGUACCCAGUUACCAAAGAUCAUCUUCGGCAAGGAUGCGAAGACCUUUGGCCAGAGCCAGGAGCCUAAUAUUAUCCCUGUGCCAGCAGGCAACCAGACACAGAACAAGCCAGAUAGUGGAAAGUCUAGAAGAAGUACAGUGGAUUCAAAGGCAAUGCGAGAGAAAUCCUUUUCUAUUCAUAAUAAUGAUGGGAAAGUUUCAUUUCAGUUUUUCUUUAAUAUCAGCACUGAUGACCAAGAAGGCCUUUAUAGUCUUUAUUUUCAUAAAUGCCUUGGAAAUAAACAGCGGUCUAGUGACAAGUUCUCAUUCAGCCUUGAUAUUGAAAUCACAGAGAAGAAUCCUGACAGCUACCUCUCAGCAGGAGAAAUUCCUCUCCCCAAAUUGUAUAUUUCCAUGGCCUUUUUCUUCUUUCUUUCUGGGACCAUCUGGAUUCACAUCCUUCGAAAACGAAGGAAUGACGUGUUUAAAAUUCACUGGUUGAUGGCGGCCCUUCCUUUCACCAAGUCUCCCUGGUGUUCCAUGCAAUCGACUACCACUACAUCUCCUCCCAGGGCUUUCCGAUCGAAGGCUGGGCUGUGGUGUACUACAUAACUCACCUGCUGAAGGGGGCGCUGCUGUUCAUCACCAUCGCGCUCAUCGGCACUGGCUGGGCCUUCAUCAAGCACAUCCUUUCCGAUAAGGACAAGAAGAUCUUCAUGAUCGUCAUCCCACUCCAGGUCCUGGCAAACGUCGCCUACAUCAUCAUAGAGUCCACUGAGGAGGGCACAACCGAGUACGGCCUGUGGAAGGACUCCCUGUUUCUGGUUGACCUGCUGUGCUGUGGGGCCAUCCUCUUCCCCGUGGUGUGGUCCAUCAGACACUUACAAGAAGCAUCAGCCACAGACGGGAAAGCUGCUAUUAACUUAGCAAAGCUGAAACUCUUCAGACAUUAUUACGUCCUGAUCGUAUGUUACAUAUACUUCACCAGGAUCAUUGCGUUCCUCCUUAAAUUUGCCGUUCCGUUCCAGUGGAAGUGGCUCUACCAGCUCCUGGAUGAAAUGGCCACACUGGUGUUCUUUGUCCUGACGGGGUAUAAAUUCCGUCCAGCUUCAGAUAACCCCUACCUGCAGCUUUCUCAGGAAGAAGAUGACUUGGAAAUGGAAUCUGUCGUGACGACGUCAGGGGUGAUGGAGAGCGUGAAGAAGGUCAGGAAGGUGACCAAUGGCUCUGUGGAGCCCCAGGGCGACCGGGAAGGCACCGUGUGAUGGAGCCCGCGAGGACAGCGCCAGCAAAGCAGACUUUAGUUUAUCCCUAGUCCUAGUGGUGAGCAGGAGCAGUUCCCCACGUGCCCUCUUGGCACCUCCCACAGCGACGCACAGACCCACAGGACUGGGGCGCCGCGGCCGGGUUUCAUAUUCUCUGAUGGAAGCCGGAUCCGAGGCUGGCUCAGGCAGCUAGAGUUUCCCUGCAGGUGGGACAGGGAGGGGUGGGAGAGGAGGCAAGGCGGGAAAAAGAAGAAUUGGCUUUUUGGUGAAGGGUUCUGUUUCUAGUUGAGAGCUCUGAG